ACUUAUGUACGAUUUAACAAGCACCUUGUCGCCAUUCAAAAUGGCGUGUAGACAAAUUUUACGACCUAUUUCUGUCAGUCUUUUUCGAAAAGAAGGAUUUCAAAGGAUAUUUUCUUAUUCGAGAAAUAUUGCAACAUUUCAGAAGCAAAGAAAAAACUUGUUUAAAUGGAAGCCUCAACAUACUUUUGUGAGGACCAUGUUUAUCCAGACACAGGAAACACCCAAUCCAAACAGUAUGAAGUUUAUCCCGGGUGUUCAGGUUCUGGAGAGUGGCACCAUAGACUUCCCCAACCCCCAGUCAUCGGCAUGCUCUCCACUGGCCAAGAUGCUCUUUAGAAUUGAUGGAGUAAAAGGUGUUUUCUUCGGUUCAGAUUUUAUCACAGUUACUAAGGCGGACGAUGAUUUGGACUGGCAGUUGAUGAAGCCAGACAUUUACGCCACAAUCAUGGAUUUCUUUGCCAGUAAUUUGCCCAUUCUAACAGACGAGCAACCCUCCUCAGACACAGCCAUUGACCCUGAUGAUGACGAGACAGUGUUAAUGAUAAAGGAAUUACUGGACACACGAAUCCGACCGACAGUACAGGAGGACGGAGGGGACAUCGUGUACAUGGGUUUUGAGGACGGUAUCGUAAAGCUGAAGAUGCAGGGAUCUUGUACCAGCUGUCCUAGUUCUGUGGUUACACUGAAGAGUGGUGUACAAAACAUGCUCCAAUUCUACAUCCCAGAAGUACUGGGGGUCGAACAGAUUGAGGAUGAAGUGGAUGAAGUAAACAAGACAGAGUUUGACAAGUUGGAGAAAACAUUGGAAGAAAAAGCGGGAAAGUCACAUGACACAUAAUGGGGUCAUGUGAUAUAUUUCAAAUCUCCGAUUCUCAGUCAUAUUGAUUAUGAUUUUCUGUUAUACUGUCAGUUAAUAAUAAGUAUUAUAACUGGUGUGGACACAUGAACAUUGCCUGAUGUAAAUACUGUUGCCAUUGCUAUGUGCCAGUUAUCCUUGUGGAUUUUUUAUGUGCCGCGCAUGUUAUCCAAGUGCUAAGAUGUGAAAAAUAAACUGUCAUAUUCUAAUACAAAUGGUAUCCUUUAGGUUUUGAUAUUGGAAAAACGCUGUGUUAAUUUUUACUUAAUGAUAAUCAAAGACAUGUGUACUGUAUAGAUUUAUGUGUUGUUGAUUUUUAGUUUUUAAUUAAAAAAAUGUUCAUGAAAA